CCGUAGAUCUUUUUCGAGACAUCAACCUUUACAAUCACCAAACCAAAAUAAUCACCAUCUAACUAUCAUGUCUGAGGGUCAAUUCAAGAAGGAUUUCCAAAUCCCCGUCGCGGACCAGAAGCCUCCGGGUGUCCAAAAGGACAUGAAGGGUCCUACUCCUCAGAACGAGCACCUUCCCACUGAGGAUGGCGGUUUCCACCUCUACAAGGCUGCUGGCAAGCUUGAGGGCAAGAAGGCCAUCAUUACCGGAGGAGACUCCGGCAUCGGCCGUGCCAUUGCCAUCAUGUACGCCAUGGAGGGAGCCGACAGCUUGAUCGCUUACCUCGAGGUUGAAGAAGAAGACGCACAGGAGACCAAGAAGAAGGUCGAGUCAUACGGUCGCACUUGCCAUCUUCUCCAGGUCGAUCUCAAGAAGAAGGAGGAUUGCCAGAAGGUCAUUGACACUGCUCUUGAGAAGAUGGGCGCCAUCAACAUUCUUGUCAACAACCACGCCUACCAGAACAUGGUUGAGGACAUCAAGGACCUCACCGAGGAGCAGUGGGAGUUCACCUUCGCCACCAACAUCCACCCCUUCUUCUACCUUUCCAAGUACGCUCUGCCUCACAUGAAGCAAGGCGACACCAUCAUCAACAACGCCUCCAUCAACGCAUACAUUGGCCGUCCUGACUUGCUUGACUACACAUCAACCAAGGGUGCCAUCAUCUCCUUCACCCGCGGUCUCCACAACCAAUACGUUGGUCGUGGCAUCCGUGUCAACGCCGUCGCUCCCGGCCCCGUCUGGACACCCCUCAUCCCUGCUACUAUGAACCACCAGGCUCAAAAAGAGUUCAGCUCUCCUAUUGGCCGUCCCUCGCAGCCCUCGGAGAUCGCUACUUGCUUCGUCUUCCUCGCAAACUCCGACAGUGCUUCCAUCUCUGGCCAGACCAUCCACGCCAACGGCGGUGUUGUUGUUAACGGUUAAAUGCUGCAUAUCAGCCAUCAUACCUUCCACCCAGAGCAUAUUGCGUCGAACAGAAGCAAGUGUGGGAAAAACGAUCUUAGCUAUGAAGUAGUUUUAAUGAGUUUACGAGAAUGAAGAGACAUUGUGUCACCUGU